CUGAAGCUAGACGGUGGCAUACAUCUAGCUCGUUCUCCCGCCAAAAUUCAGAGCAAACAAAUAAAAAAGGUAGCCAUGAUCAUGAGAGAUGCGGGUGAUGGUGGCAGCAUCGGUAUCAGCCACCGAAUCCUCCUCUCCCUCUUCCUCUUCGCCGCCGUCUGCAUGUCCGACCCCGACCUCCUCCUGGACUACUGCGUCGCCGACACGGCGACCCCUCCGUCGUCCCAGUUCCACCUCAACGGCCUGGCCUGCAUCGACCCGGCGUCAGCUCGGGCAGAGCACUUCGCCACCUCGGCGCUGUCGUCGCCCGCGACGACGGAGCACCGGUCGGCCACCGCCACGGCGGCCUUGUUCGGGUUCAACGUGACGGUGACGAGCCCCGCGUCGUCGCUCCCCGGCGCGAACGCGCAGGGUCUCGCCAUGGCGCGCACCGACCUGGCGCCGGGCGGGCUGGCGCCGCCGCACACGCACCCGCGCGCGUCGGAGGUGGCGCUGGUGCUGGCGGGAAGCGUGCUGGUGGGGUUCGCGGACACGUCGUACCGGCUGUACACGCAGCUGCUGCGCGCCGGGGAGGCGUUCGUGUUCCCGCGCGGGAUGGUUCACUUCCUGUACAACAUGGACGUGGCGGCGCCCGCCGUGGUGCUGUCGGGGCUCAACAGCCAGAGCCCCGGCGCGCAGCUCGUGCCCUUCUCGUCGUUCCGGACGGAGCCGCCGGUCCCAGACGAGGUGCUCAAGAUAGCGUUCAAGAUCAACGGCCAGGACGUGCACAGGAUCCAAAGAAACCUCGGCGGAUCCUCCUAGUUGUACAGUAUUUUUUUUUCUUUUAUAUAUAAAUUUAUUUAAAGUUUGAUUUAACAUGCAACUACUACUAGAAAAUAGAAAUGAUAAUGAUGAUAAUGUCUAGGGGAAAAAAAUGGAAUGCAACCAAAAGGCCCGAAACGAAGAUUUGGGCCC